AUGACUUGGCCGGAGACAGACGUGGAGGUCGUCGCAGCGAUGAAAAUGACGAGUCCGCUGCAGACGCGCAUCGUGGCUGAAGUUCGUGCGGACUAG